CUCACUCUAAGCAACAUCAUUCACCAUGCCGCAGAACGAAUAUAUUGAGCGGCACAUUAAGCUGCACGGUCGCCGGCUCGAUUAUGAGGAGCGCAAACGCAAGCGGGAGGCGCGUGAGCCGAAGAAGCGCGCGGCGAAGGCCCGCAAGCUGCGAGGCAUCAAGGCCAAGCUGUUCCAGAAGGAGCGCCGCAAUGAGAAGAUACAGAUGAAGCGCAAGAUCCAGGCGCACGAGGAGAAGAAGGUGAAAAAGACGACCGAGAAGGUUGAGGAUGGAGCACUGCCCCCUUACCUGAUGGAUCGUGGCAUCCAGUCGAGUGCCAAGGUGCUGUCGAACAUGAUCAAGCAGAAGCGCAAGGAAAAGGCAGGCAAAUGGGACGUUCCGAUACCGAAAGUGCGCGCCCAGUCCGAUGCCGAGGUGUUUAAGGUGAUCCGGUCCGGCAAAACGAAGCGGAAAGCAUGGAAGCGUAUGGUCACGAAGGUGACUUUCGUUGGAGACAACUUUACCCGUAAACCACCAAAGUACGAACGGUUCAUCCGACCGAUGGCGUUGCGCUUCAACAAGGCGCACGUUACGCAUCCGGAACUGAAGGCUACCUUCUAUCUGCCGAUUAUUGGCGUGAAGAAGAAUCCUUCCUCGCCAAUGUACACGAGCCUGGGUGUGAUAACGAAGGGUACCGUUAUAGAGGUGAACAUUUCCGAGCUGGGUCUGGUGACGCAGUCCGGCAAGGUCGUGUGGGGAAAGUACGCCCAGGUGACGAACAAUCCGGAAAAUGAUGGUUGUAUCAAUUCGGUACUGUUGGUUUAAGGGGGACACA